AGCUUGCUGGUGGACUAAUCCGCUUUCGGAACUAGUUGGAAAUAUAGUGGCGCUGCGUACAAAAAGUACAAAAACAAAAACAAUUUGGAAGGAAAAUUUAGGAAUUUGCAAACGUGAAGCCGUGAAGUUUGUGAAUUGAAACGAUAAGCAACUAAAACAAAACGAAGAAAUUUACUGAAAAAUUGGUUGAUUUGAGCUGAGCCGCUCACAAGUAGGUUUGCUGGGUUUUUUUUGCUGCAAACUGCACAAUUAAUUAAAGGAAAAUGGAUUCCGCCUUGUCAAAGUCACUCGAGAAUUUCAAAAGGAGAGCCAUCGCCACGCCAACAGUUGAAACAAAAAAGCGUGAGACAGCUGACUCCAGCAAAGAUGCAAAAAAGCCCAAGCUGUCCCAGUCUUCUUCUUCAUCGUCUGCCCCAAAACUUGAUGGCAACAACUUGUCGUCUAUGUCAGGAACCUCACAAUAUAAUUUUGGCAUUCUUGCUAAAAUUGUGAAGUACAUGAGACAAAGGCACCAGCGUGGUGAAACGCACUCUCUGACAUUAGAAGAUAUUUUAGACGAAACGCAGCAGCUCACUGUUCGUCCAAAAGUCAAACAGUGGCUAGCUACAGAGGCUUUGAUAAACAACCCUAAAAUUGAGGUUGUUCAGGAAGGAAUAGAAAAUAAAUUUCUGUUCAAAGCACCUUACAAACUGAAGGAUAAAAAAACACUUCUUCGACUUCUGAAGCAGCAAGAUCUCAAAGGCUUGGGAGGAGUUUUGCUUGAUGAUGUCCAAGAAUCAUUACCUAAUUGUGAAAAAGCAUUGAAGUCAUUGCAAAAUGAGAUUAUCUACAUCACAAGGCCCAUCGAUAAAAAGAAAGUUCUAUUUUUCAAUGAUAGAACUGCAAACUUCAAUGUUGACGAAGAGUUCCAAAAGCAAUGGAGAGCUGUUGCAGUCGAGUCAAUGGAUGAUGCAAAAAUCGAGGAGUAUCUUGAAAAACAGGGUAUCCGCUCUAUGCAAGAUCAUGGUAUCAAAAAGCCAGUCAUGCCAAUCAAGAGAAAGAAGGCCAACAAGAGGAAGAACACCAAGCCCCGAGACAAUGAUCACUUGGCUGAUGUGCUUGAAAGCUAUGACGAUGAUAAAUAAUGAAAAAUCGACUGAAUAUUGGAGAAAGAAAAAUUUCCACUAUGUUAUACUUUAUUUGCACUGGAAAAUAGUUCAUUAAAACCACAUUAACUAAUAUAUAAUAAAUCCUUUUUCUACGCUU